UAGUCGUGUUGAAGCUGUUGCGUCGCUCCAUUACGAAAGAUAAAAUUUUUAGUUGAAAGCGUGGUUUAUGUAAUUUUAAUUUUCAGCUCAAUCUUUCGUUUUAACUACUGUUUCGACAUGGAUUACUAUCAAGGAUACAACGCAAAUUCUUCUGGAAACAACCAAUCAUCGCAAGGAAGUGCAGGUAUUGUUGGGCGAGAUGAUGACAAAAAGCUCUUCGUUGGCGGGCUGAGUCGGCAAACAUCAGAAAAGGAUUUGGUAGAUUAUUUCAGUAAAUAUGGACCUGUCGAAGGCGCAACGAUCAAACUAGAUCAGUUUACAGGUCAGUCACGAGGGUUUGCAUUUGUAGUUUUCGGUAAUACGAAAACCAUCGAUGAGGUAUUGGCUUAUGGCGAUCACUACAUUAACGACAAGAAAGUCGACCCUAAGCGUGUCACAAAGAAAACUCAGCAGGGUAAAAUAUUUGUGGGUGGUUUGACGCCGGAAAUAUCAGAUUCUGAUAUUAGGAAUUACUUCUCACAGUACGGCAACGUGGUUGAAGUUCAGGCGCCAUUUGAUAAAGUAAAGAACCAGAGGAAAGGCUUUUGUUUUAUAACAUUUGAUUCAAAGGAUGUCGUUUUCAACCUUCUAAAGAACCCGAAGCAGUGCAUAAACGGCAAGGAGGUCGACGUGAAGAAGGUGAAGCUGAACAUGGAAGGAAUGGGGCCUGGUUCAGGCAUGGGCGCUGGAAGGGGCGCCGGCCGGGGCGGUAGCUGGUCCGGCUACGGCGGUUAUGGAGGUUACGGCACCGGCUACGGCCAGUCAGAUUUUGGAUCUGGUUAUGGCAGCGUGGGCCAGAGCCCGAGCUACGGCGGUUACGGAGGAGGCUACGACUACUCGUCGUACUACCCCACCACCCCAGUCGGGGGCUCCACAACAGGUUAUGGUGCCAAGCCUCGAGGGGGCGGCCGCCAGUUCCAGAGACAUCAGCCAUACUAAGUGGUUGCAUGAUGUUUGGUGAAUGCACUCGCGGGUAAGGAUGGUGCCGGCGCUGCUACGAGGUCCCACGACUCCCGUGCCAGGCACGGCAGGACACACGGCCUCCAACACUACUUCCAUUCAUAUUAAACACGUGUACAGCAUUUCUCCAGCCGGUCCACUAAAAUACUGUUUGUCUAGAAGAAAAAUAAAGUGAAGGUGAAAAAGGUAAUUUCCAGCCGUGCGCCAUGCUUAAACCGUGUGCAUUUUCAACGGAACUCUUGAAGUGGUUUUGUACUUUACUAGAUAUAUACGUAUUUUGUAAGUUUUGUAACCGUUAAUUUACCUUUGAAAAGUUGGCAAAAAAAAUCACUAUUUAGUAUGGUUUUUAUCCAGUGGAAAAUUAGUGGACAGUGCCAGAAGGAUAUUUUCUUGCUUUUAUUUUUUCCUUUGAACAAUUCUGUGUCUACUACGUGUUUGUAUGUGCAUCCAGUACAGUGAAUUGUGCUGAGAUAUGCAUUAAUUUCCACUUGCGUUCUCCACCCAUGUUUAAGUUUUAUACUGUUAGAACUUUUUCUCCAUCCCUAAAUAUGUUUUGUAACUUCAGGAUCCCAAGACAGUAAUAUUAAUAUUCAUAACAGUGAUGACGUGUAUUAGAACAUGAGUGUGUGUUUCCCAGGUUAUAGACACGCGUCCACGUCUUUAUUUAUAAAUCAGUGUUCUUUCUAUGAAAACUUAAUUUAAAUAAAGUAGCUUACAUCAUUUGAAGUCUGUUUUUUAGUCUGAACCAAGUAUUGCUAUUCUUAGAAAAUACAAGUGAAAAGAAAAUGAGCAUUUUGAGUGCAGUUACUCAUCUAUAAUAUGUACAGAUUAAUACUGUAGCAUGUAGUUGGAAGUAUUCAAGAGGUGUUAGACGUAGCAGCCAAGUUAUACUAAUAUAUAUCUGUUUCACCAUUUUAAAAAAGUAUCAAGGAAGUGUUGUGUGCAACAACGUUCGUACAGACUGUUGGUUUUUACAUUUCUCUCUGCAAAAGAAAGCUGCGUAAUUGGAAACAUGUUUUAUAUAUGUAGGAACACAGUGGACAUUGAUGUAGGUGUUUUAGCUCAGUACUUUUUAUUGUUGCGAGUAUUCUUGUUGACAAAGGUUGUGUUCCAACUGGUGUGUCCCGUGCUAAAAGUAUUGAGUGUGGCAUUAUGUAGUUUACUAUUUUAUGUGUAUUUUUUGUUUAAGAGGAAAACCAAUAGUGCUUGUUUAGAUUUGGCCGCAAUCAGACUUGUAAAGUUGAAUCUUAUUUUUUACGGAAACAAAUUGUAAGUUUUUCUUUGUACCAAUAAAAAAAUUGCAAUUGAAA